UUGCUAGGGGAGGGGCGGGGAAGGGAGGAGAGGAGAUGAGAUGAGAUGGGAUGAGAAGGGGAGGUCUGCGCACCCAGCCGGGAAACAGACGUAAAAAUAAAGGGAGAGGCGGGCGCAAUGAUGUCCUUUGCCUUCACCGUCUGUUGAAGAAACGCCUCGCUAAGAUUAAAGCGAGGGCGCUCGCAAAUGGCAACGGAGUUUAGUUGUAAAGCCGUGUGGCAGUUCCUUUCGGAGAAAGGAGGGAAAGUGGAGAGCACGGAGCUGCUGGAACAUUUCAGAGAUUGUUUGAACGACCCCAAGACAAGGGAAACGGCUCGAGGGCAGUUCAAAGAGUUUGUGAACAAAGUGGGGUUGGUGGUCCAAGAAGAUGGGGUGAAGUACAUACGCCUGAAGAAGAAAUACCGGGGCAAGACGGACUGGUCUGAAGCGUCUGCCAGUGAUAGGGGUCAUGGAAGUAAAGAGGAUGGCGGGGGAAUGGAAAAUGGUGACAGGCAACGUGCAGUAAUCGGCUUCCAGUCAGCCGCACAAUCGCCACAACCAGGCUCGGGCGAUGGGGUGUCGAUAGAUCCUUCUGCACUACUCUCAUCCCCCGAGGUCGAAUGCGGCAGGGUGAACAACUCGUGUUCUGAAGAAUGCAAUGAAAGUAAUGGGACUGUACCCGAGGAGCAGAGGAGUAUUCAACAAGAUGGGCGAAUACCAUGGCACGCCCAUACUAAUGACUCUCCCAAACACUAUAUUUCAUCAAGUAACAAUUCAAUCGUGUCAAAUAUAAACACAGAAGGGGGGAAUCAUAUUCAAGUGGACAUUAACCAUGUCGCAAAAUCGGAGAACGUAUCUCUUCCAUUAAGUGCCGAUUUGGACGAAAGCUUGCCAAAUCCAGAUUUCAGUCAAACUGUUCCAAGUGCAAAAGAUGGUGCAGAUCUGCUCGCUGACGCCUAUAAUUUACUGAAUAUUUCAAAACCUGACACUGAUGGAAACGAUACAGUAACCUGGAAAUUGCCCGAAUGCCCUGCAAAACAGACGCUGGAAUCUAAAGGACUGGAAAACGUGGAUUCCAGCGUGCAUGACACAAAAUCAAAGAAUCAUAGUGUAAGAUUAUCUGCAUUACACUGCAAUUUUCCACCCACCCAAGUCAAGACGAGCCCCGAUAUUAAUACCAGAAGACCUUCCCGAAAACGUUUACAGCGCAGUCUGGCGGUAAAUCGGUCAAGCAGUGUGUGUGAUGAAGGAAACACGGGUGAAAAUCCAACCGAUGUAUCUGGUGUUAACAGUGAAAGCUUAAAUACACCGAGAUCGAGCAGGAAGAAUUUUAGGGAAAUGAUGAUCAGCGGUUCACCCCAACUAAGGCACAGCGUCGUUUAUGGUAACCCCGUCGUGGCUUUCCCAAAUAUCAAACAAGGAGAUUCGGGAUUCGGAAGAAACGAUGUUGACUCCUCUUCUUUGACUUCUGCAAAACUGGACGAUGAAGAUAGUGGACCGGUAACACUUGAUCCCUUGGAACACGAGUGGAUGUUACAUGCCUCCGAAGGCAAGUGGGAUAGUAUCGAGGCGCUUUUGAUAGCCGAUCCUAGUCUCAUCACUUGGAAAGAUUUUGUAACAGGUUUUACGUGCAUUCAUUGGGCAGCAAAACAUGGUAAACCAGAAUUGCUGGCAAUGCUGGUCAAUUACGCAAGAAAACAUAACAUUCCGAUCAAUAUCAAUGUUCGAUCUGGUGGCGGUUACACUCCACUGCAUUUGGCUGCCAUGCAUGGACAUACAGAGGUAGUGAAACUGCUGUCUGGUGCAUAUGAUGCAGAUGUAGAUAUUAGGGACUACAGUGGGAAAAAGGCAUGGCAAUACAUGGGCCAAAACAUCGCUGAAGAAUUGGGGAAUCUUAUCGGUGCAUCUACGAGUUCUGACUCUGAAAACGCACUGCGGAAUGGAAAUGGGCGUUGGAGACUAUCGAAAGUUUUCCCCGCCAAUUUGACAUACAAAUUGACUAGUGCCCCUGAAGAAGAGGUUUAUUGUGAUGGCACAGCUGCAAAAGCAGUCAACUGGAAAUCCACAACUAAUAAAAUGAAAUUUAAUAGAAUAAGGUUUAAAACACAGAUUAUUCAUUCUGUACCCUCACUUCGAGGACAAAAUGAUCAAAGAGAUCCCAAAAGUGCAUUGAAACUUAGACCCAAAUCGACUAUUUUUGGAUAAAAAAAUUUGAAGCAAAAAAAAACAAAAAUUCCACAAAGGAUCAAAUAAUGAUUAGACAAAUGAUUUUCUUUUAACUAUAUUACACUUCUGAUAUGGUUAUUAAUCAAUUGUCUAUUUGAAUCUCUUCACCCUAGGGAAAAUAUUUUUGAUAUUAUGGGUGCCUUCCAAUAACUUAUUGCUUAUCAUUUCCAAAUGUGGGCUGCAUGCUGCAAGUAACACUGGUAAUUGCACUUGUUUUGUUGAGUUGAGAUCCAUAUUUGUUGGAGAAGUUGUCUUCUUUAAGUCAUUGUACAGUGUUUGGAAACAUAAUCACCAUGUUAAAAAUAACAGGAGACCAUUAAAAUGGAACAGGAAAAAACCCAGUAUAUUUUUUAUAGAACGAUGAGGCCAAUAUAAAUGUCACAGUAAUAGAAUGGAGUUUAUGUAUGGUAAAUAUAUUGGUGGCCGGCUUCAUUGGUUAGAGGCCCCGAGUCAUGUCACAGUGCUUGUGUCAAAUUAUGUGAAUGUAAUUCUGAAGCACAUUGAAAUAAUUUGAGUAAUUUUUUAAAAUGUAGUAUUUCAUUUUAGAAAUGCUGCCUUAAUUUAGUCAAUAAGGUACUUCUUGAAUGCUGCAAGUUUUCUAGCCUAAAGGGCAGCUGCUGCUGCUUUUGAAUGUACUCAUGAUGGUGAGUUACUUUGGGUUAAAUACUUGGUGUAAUUCUAAUAUGUAGGGAGGGAGUAUUUUAAACUAAGGUCACACUAAAUGUUACUAUAUAGGAUUUGUAAAUCUAAAACCUCUAAUCAUUCUUAGGUUAUGAAAUAGGACAUUUCAACCACUUUUGUUAUGAUUAAAUUUAAGGUAAGAUAUUGCGAGAACUCUUAGUAGGCUUUACAUUCUAAUAAUUUUAGAUAGAAACAUGAUUUGUUGUAACUCAUUUGAAUGCUGCCAAUAAAUUGAACUCGUAGCCACCCCUAAUGCAGCUGUUGGAAAAUCGUGUCGAAGGCAUGUAUGUUGUGGAACUGAAUUUGGCUCAAUCGGUCCUGUUCAUACUGCCUUGAAAAUAUCAGCAAUGCAUUUUCAAAACAAAUGCUGUUUGAAUAAGUGGCACAUUAAUUUCAGGCUUACGAGAAUUAAGAGAUGUGUGCACAGGUUGUGUUAAAGGAAAUAAGUAAAUGUUUUCAAAUACAUCGCAGUUUGUCUUGAUAACUAUUAACUGUUGAAAAUUGAAAGUUUGUAAUCGCUAAUGGCUAAUGUUUAAUUAGUUUCUUCAGAUUUAUUGCAAGUCAUUAGUUUUCUUUAUGCAGUUUAAAAUUAACUUGUUUUAUAAAUCUAUUCAUUUAAAAAUCAAACAUUCCUCGUGCAGAGGAAAUUUCGGUUGAAUGUAACAAAGUCUGAUUUGUGAAUAUUUCCACAAAGUUAGAAAAUGUCCAAAAGCAUUGUUUUUAACUUAUUGUUUAUCUCUAAAAGACCCAUUGGACUUAAGAUCACUAUCAAAUUAAUUAAAAUAUUGAGCAUUAUGGCCAUUGAAGCAUAUGUUAUAACUCAACUGCAUUCCAUGAAGCACUGAACAAAGCUCUUUGAUUAAGAAAAUUAAUGUAUUUUUAUACGUCACACACUUAAAUAUUUCAAAUGUUUCAAUGGGUGUUGAAAUUAUUUUCAGAUCAAAUUUCUUACUUUUUUUAGUCUGGUAAUCUUGGCAUUUAUGUUUUAACUCAUGGUUAAAAAACUUGGUUCCACUCAACUUAUUUUAUCUUUAUUGACUACAUAUACAUUUCCCACAAAAUAUGGUGAAUAAUUUUAAAUAAUCUCAAAUGAAUACCAUUGAUUCUGAGUUGACACUACCAAAUUAAACUCUAUUUGUUGUAAACUGGCAAUUUUAUUCUUAGAACCAUAAAAUGGCUGAUCUGAAAAAAAUUGCAAAUCAAUACCGUUGCAGCAUAAGAUAGCUUGUAAUGUUAGUGACUUUGCCUGGGAAGAGCAGAUUGAACUAUAUUCUACACCAUUUUGGCAUUUAUUAUGAUGAGAAUUUGAAUCCUGAUUAAUGUGAGGAAAGAAAAAUCUUUCCAGAUGCUAUUCAUGAUAAAUACAACAUUCACUUUAGAAAGAUAUAUUAUUUGAUGGCCAAGAAGGAAGCUAGAUUAUUCACUGGCAUUUCAGGGCGUAGAGACCCAUUCAGACCAGGAGCAGCAGCAAAUGACACCAUUUGUUAAGUGAAGCAGAAGGAGGAAGAAAGGCCAACAGAGGAAUCUGGCUAUGACUAGAUGUUGAGAGACCAGAAUCUGUAACAAGCAAGCUGUUGUGGGAUCAGUAUUUUUUGGUAUCAUCCUCGCAGCCAUAUGUUACUGAUAGCAUGGAUCCAGCAUGUUACGAGGACCAGGCCAAUCUUGAACCACUACAUUCCAUAUUGGUACAUAUGCAAAGCUUAUAAUAAUAUAGAUUUAUAAAAUUUACAUGUUUUUAAAAAGGAAAGACUUGACAUUUUAAUAAUUUAUGCCACAAAAUAAGUGAUAAUCUGAUACUCGGAAAGCAACAAUGUAGCUAGACUAUGAUAAUGGUACUACAACAUAUUUCUUUGUUUUUUUACUUCCGUGGAUGCUAUGUUAUUUUUGUGUUUGGAAACGAUUUGAUGACUUGAUUGCAUUUUGUUUACUUUUGCAUUCAAAACACAACGACACUUUCUAUUUGUAAACCUAACUGCACAUAUCAAUGAAUCAUCUCUUUUGAGUUAAAAUAUGCUUUGUUACUAAUUGUUGCUGUUUUAUGUCAUUAAACAUUGGUAC